GGCCCUGAACAGGAGUAAGCUGCUCCAGUUAGAGGGCUGCCUUGUGGCAGAGAAAGAGCUUGGAGCCCACUUCUUAGAAAUACAGUUAAUGAAAGCUAAUCUUGGAGUUAAUCUUUGUUUUGUGUAGUAUUUAGUGAAGAAAGGAUGUUUAAAGUUUAGUUCAAAAUGGAGAACAUUGCGUUGUAUGAGUUGCAGGAAGUUUGAGGUAUUUGGAGUGUUGUUUAUGUGACUUUAAAUUGAAGGUUAUAGUUCCGUUACGUAUUGCACUAUGCUCCACGUUUUCUAAAGGUGGUAUUUGCUCAGAGUAAUGCUGCAAACCAAGUGCUUAAUUUGAUUUGCAAUGUUACUGGAGGACAAAUGGAAUUAUUGUUUUAAAGUGAGGUUUUUAGAGCUGAACUUGGGCUUAGAGAGCAAGUGGUUUGUUAGCAAAAUGGAAUGCCUGAAAGCUUGUAAUGAAAAUAGUUUCAUGUUGCAGAUAUGGAAAGAUACUUACCCUUUAGCAGCUUUAAAUAGAUGCUUAGUACUGUUAUUUGAGUAGUCAGCAUGGAGCUUUUAGGUAUGACAGUGUCUACUGGAGGCCUACAUUUUUCUGAAAUUGCAAAAAAAGGGGGGGACGGGGGAAAGAGGAAGUAGUAAGAGGAUAAAUCCAGGUAGCCUUAAAUGUUAGGCAUGCUUUACUGAAGGCUGUUUUUACAUAUUUUUAUUUCUAGAUGUAUACACAAAAUACACAUGCACACGCAACCAACCAGUUGUAUGGCAGUGUAAUGACUGUAUUUAGUCCUGUUCAUGGAACCUGGAGUGCCUCUGGGUUUUUUAUUUAGGUCUCUUUUCUGGCAAAGCCUUUGGCCUAUGACACAUUAGAGUACAUACCUGGUUCCUUUUCCAGACCCAAUUGCCAUAUUCUUUUUGAAGGAUAUGUCUCUGUAUGCAGUUGGAGUUCUUAGAGGGGUCUUAAAUGACGCAGCAAGGAUAGGAAUUACACAGAAGAGGUGUCCAUUGUUACUUAACACUGGCUGUUGCAGUGUCAUAGGCUAAGCAGCCCAUAGUUAGCAGAAGCAUCUGAAAUAAUACCAGAGGUCUGUGUUUAAGCACCCGAAUCACAUCUCAAGUAUCAGCAGUUUGUUGGUGCAUAUUUCUAAUGGUGAAUUAAGCAAUUGCGAAAACUGUGUUCAGGAUGAGCAGCAACAACUUAGUGAUAGCAGGAUUCAUUUGUGAUGUGCUUUUGAAAGAGCAACGAAGGAUCUGUUACUAAAUGCUUUUGGGAAAACUCUCCUCCUGAUGUAUUUUGCAAACUAAUUGAAUCACCAUAGAAAUUCAGCAUGGGAGGAGCUGUGAGUGCUGGAGAAGACAAUGAUGACUUAAUUGAUAACUUGAAAGAAGCUCAGUAUAUCCGCACUGAGAGUGUGGAGCAAGCCUUCAGAGCAAUUGAUCGUGGUGAUUAUUAUCUGGAAGGAUACAGGGACAAUGCUUACAAAGACUUGGCCUGGAAGCAUGGAAAUAUACACUUGUCAGCACCUUGCAUUUAUUCUGAAGUCAUGGAAGCUCUGAAGCUUCAACCUGGAUUAUCUUUUCUAAAUCUGGGUAGUGGAACCGGAUAUUUGAGUACAAUGGUGGGAUUAAUAUUAGGACCUUUUGGGAUAAAUCAUGGAAUAGAGCUUCAUUCAGAUGUGGUAGAAUAUGCCAAGGAAAAAUUGGAGAGCUUCAUAAAAUAUAGUGAUAGCUUUGAUAAAUUUGAGUUCUGUGAACCUGCCUUUGUGGUUGGUAACUGUUUGGAAAUAGCCUCAGACAGUCAUCAGUAUGACCGGAUUUACUGUGGAGCUGGAGUCCAGAAAGACCAUGAAAACUACAUGAAAAUUUUAUUGAAAGUCGGAGGCAUUUUAGUAAUGCCUAUAGAAGAUCAGCUAACGCAAAUCUUGAGGACGGGACAGAACACGUGGGAAAGUAAAAAUAUCCUUGCUGUUUCAUUUGCCCCACUAGUGCAACCAAACAGAAAUGACAAUGGCAAACAUGAUACUGUGGGACUGCCUCCAUGUGCUGUUAGGAAUCUUCAGGACCUAGCUCGAAUAUAUAUCAGACGCACCCUUAGAAACUUCAUAAAUGAGGAGAUGAAAGCUAAAGGCAUUGCUCAGAAGGCUCCCCCUAAACGAAAACGCAGGCGAUGUCGUAGACGCAGGAUUAACACCUACGUGUUUGUUGGUAAUCAGCUCAUUCCUCAGCCUCUAGAUAGUGAAGAAGAUGAAAGAAUGGAAGAUGAUAACAAAGAGGAGGAGGAUAAAGAUCACAGUGAGGCCUUGAAGCCCGAAGAGCCUCCUCGAAAUCUGUUGAGAGAGAAAAUUAUGAGUCUACCGUUACCUGAAUCUUUAAAAGCCUACUUGACCUAUUACAGAGAGAAGUAACUUGUUUUAAGUAGAAGUAAUGCCUACUGAUAGUUCCUUUAUUCUUGAAAAUGUAGCAUUUAUUAAGAAAUAGGUGGACAAAUUAUUAUUAGUCUUUCAUCAAGACUGAAGUACAGCGAUAAAUCAUAACUUAUCUUUAUCUUUGCUACAAGGAAGACUUGCAUUCAACAGUAAAAUCCCUUUUUAAAAAUCUAUUUUUCUUUAAAUUUUGAAAAUGCUGUUUUAACUCUGAUAGAAAUAUAUAUUCCAUUAUGCAGCACUACCAAUAUUUUGCAUGGUAUGUCUUUUUGAUCCCUAACAGAUCUGUAUUGAUAAAAGGAUGAGUGAAAUUUUAUAUCUGCUAAAUAAUUGUUAAACACAUGCAUCUGACUUGAGCAGUUUGUCUGUAUUUAUUAUUAGGGGAACAUUUUAAACAUGCAGACACUUAUCCUCUAAUGUCAGUACCAGACCCUUUAAAAAGUUAAUUUUACUAUGGCUUUGUUGCAAUCAUUAUUACUAUGUUGGUAUAAAUGUAUUCCAACAACACAAGUGCAAUAAAUGUACACAGACACUGAAUUAGCUGGCUUUAAUGAAAUAUGAAAGUGCAAGUUCUGAAACGUCAGGUGACCCUACUACUUCUGCAUUUAUCUUUUGCCAAAAGAUCUUGAGAAAAGUAACAGCUUAUCUCAGAGCCUUAAAGAAACAUCAUAUUGAAUGAAAAGGAAGGCAAUGCUUACUUCAGCUCUGCUUACACUUAACUCCAUUGUAUGCUUUCAGUAUUUCUAACUAGAGCCACUUCCUCACUUGUGAGAUGUUUAGGACAGUACUUUUUGUUUAUUUCUGCAGCUCAUGACAUUGAUACAUAAUGUUUUGUAAUACAAGAUUGUACUUUAGAUUUGUCAUCUGUAUUUACUGCUUUUAAGUAGAGGUAGAACUUCAACAAAAUUUAGUUUGUAUUGCUUAUUGAAAUAGUUAUUAUAGUAAAAGUUAGAAUUUGUUUGGCAAGUGCACUUUAGUAAGUAGGUUUUAUACUUAACAUGCAUCUCCAAGAAGGUAGACUUGUGCUAGCCUAUAUUUUGUUUCUGAGCAUGGCUCUUAGCACAAAACUAUUCAUAAAAUCUUAUGCAUCUUUUGGAAACCUAUGAGUAGCAGUGCAGCUGUGGGGAUCCACAAUAGUGCUGAUUUAAAUUGUUUUAUUACAAUUUUUCCUCUUCUAGUUGUGAAGUUAUUUGCAGUUCUGAUUUUUUUAACUUUGUAUGUUCUUAACAUCUUAAUUUCAUAAUUCUUUGUUGUAAUGUAACCAUGAGGCAAAACACUGUUUAUUAAGAACUUGACAUGAUGUGCAUUUAAAAGCCACAGUCAUUGGAACAAUCUGCCUGGACCCAGUGAAAAACAUUCCUUAUGAAGAAAUAUCCUGCACAAUACAUUUUUAAUACUGAUAAUUUUUUUGUGUGUGAAAUAACAGACAAUAUAACCAAUUUUUCUAAACAGUAAAGUUCCUAGUCCAAGUAUUUACAACCAGCCAAUAUUAAUUUGAACUAACAGUUCAGUAUUGACUUUCAGAUCUAUAAGCUGAGAAAGAAGAUGCAUAACCCUAUGACAGUGACCCUUCAUUGUGCAUUUCAUGCUGCAGUCCCUGUUUUUUUUUUUUAAGGUACAUGAUAGUAAACUUUAAAUGGAACUUCAUGAAGGCCUGUUGUACCAGCAUGUGGAGUUAUUUUCCGCAAUAUAUUUACAGUAUAAGUAAACAAUGCUAUUUGAAAUAAAUACUGAUUUCAUUCUAAAGGCAGGAAGAACUACUAAGAGAUAAUUUUCCAAAAUAAUCAUACUAAUAAAGUAGUUGUGAUGCUUCAGCUAUAAGAAUUGAGCAUAAUCUUCUUUUAAGUAGGUUAUUGUAGAUGGAGUUUAAAUCAUCUGAAGUUUGAGAUGGUUUUUCUCUCUCCUUUUCUUGGAAUAUACAUCGAUAAACUCAAGAAUUUGAGAUUAUUGAAUAUCACUUAUAUACUUUAAGGACUCUAUACAGGAUGCUUUUGGAGAAUAAACUUCUGCGUUCUUUCACUCCUGUGUACUUGGAAAAAUGGACAACGGAUGAUUUGUCAUGAUUAUUCAGUAUGUAAGUCUUUUUGCAUUCACUGAAAGAGAAUGUUUCUUCUGUGUUUUUAUAUGUGGAUUUAUUUUACACUCUUGAAUUUAUAUUUACAUAAAAAGGUAGAAAUGCAAAAUGUAAUAAAACUUAAUUUUUGCCAUCUCACUUGAUGGGGACAUUGUUGCAAUAAAAUGGUUUUUCUGGUGGUUUCUGCUUGCUUGAA